AACAAAAAUAUGACCAGACUGAAGGAGAUGAAGUCAGCUGCUCUGAGGUUGUUACUGGUCCUAGGAUUUCUCUGUUUAGGCCUAAAUGCAACCAAUAAUCCACCGACCCUGCUGAAUUUCAACAGAUACAUCUUUGUCAAGGAAAAUUUUCCAAUAAAUGGUAGCCUCGGAAUUCUGUCCGCUAGGGAUCAAGAUGGACCUGACGACAUCACAUUUACAAUUAAAGAUGAUGUUACAAGAGAUCUGGUGCGCUUGAGUGAGCAUUUUGGAGACAGCACAGUGAAUAGAUCGGUGGAGAUUAUUUUAAUCAAACAACUUGAUAGGGACCAUGAACCAUCAGACAGAAAGCUGUACUUCAAUCUGGCGGAUGGACAAGGCUCCAGUGCUAACAAUUUGGCAGUUCAAGUGACGCUAUUUAUUAGUGAUGUCAAUGAUGAAGUGCCAGAGUUUGUCAAUCUUCGUUAUAAAGAGUCUGUAUAUGAGAAUGCUACAGUUGGAACAACAGUGAUAAGAGUAUCAGCCCAGGACCCUGACAAUGGUCUAGGUGGCACCGUGUCUUACUCAAUGGAGCCUGUAGCCCAGGCUGCUGAUGAACUGUAUAAAAAUGCCUUCCGUAUUGAUGGAGACACGGGAGAUAUCAUCAUUAACUCUUCCCUGGACUUUGAAAAGCACAAUUUUUAUGAAUUUGUUAUUAAGGCAAAAGAUGGCUUUGGGAACGAGAGUACCAACAAUGCUGACUUUGUAUUAACUGUCCUUGAUGUACAAGACACUCCCCCAUCCUUCUUCAAUCUACCAUACAGUGUUGUGGUGCAAGAGGAUAAAGCUGUGGGUUCACAAGUUCUACAAGUCACAGCAUUAGAUGGAGAUAGAGGUGUUCCAAAUGGUAUCAGAUACACAUUUGUUUCAGGUGACUAUGAGAAUUUUGAUAUUGAUUCAAACACAGGAUGGAUUACUAUAAAAACAGAACUAGAUAGGGAUGCUGCCUCUGUACAAAACAGUGGUGGAGUGUAUGCAAUGUAUGUCAAGGCUGAAGAGGUGAUGUCUGGGGUUAAUUAUGGGAACACCACUGCCACUACACUGGUGACAAUUUCUGUGUCAGAUGUCAACGACAACACACCCACCUUCAACCACAUCAACUACACAGCUACCAUUCAGGAGAACAUGCAGAAUGGUGUCCCUGUCAUCUUUACAGCUAAUACCAUCAUGUCUGUCAACGACAUUGAUCAGGGACUUAAUAGUUACUUUGAAAUCACUUUGGAGAAAGAUGGCCAACCAUAUUAUGACUUUUCUCCUUUACCGAAAGAAGUUUUUUCCGAGUCUUCCAUUUUGAUAAGGGUUAAUAAUUCUGUGGAUCUGGAUUAUGAGAAGAAGAGAACAGCCACCUUUGAUGUAAUUGCAAGAGAACUAAAGACCAAUCCAAGGAGAAGUAGCUCUGUUAAGAUGACAGUCCACAUUCUUGAUGUCAAUGAUAAUCAACCACAGUUUGAAAACUCCUCUUAUUCAGCAGAGAUUCCAGAAAAUUCUCCACCAGGGACAACUUUUAAAACAUUAAAGGCAACAGACCAGGACUCUGGAGUCUUUGGAGAUAUCACAUAUUCAGUCAGAGGGGGGAAUGGAAGAUUUGGAAUCAACAAUAUAACAGGAGAGGUGUAUAAUACAGAGGUUCUAGACAGAGAAAAGAUUGGUGAAUAUUACAUUACAGUAGAGGCCAAGGACGGGGGAGGAUUCAGAACCACUGUAGAACUGUAUGUCAAAGUCACUGAUACAAAUGACAACAGACCACUGUUCACCAGGGAUGCUUACUUUGCUUCACUGAAGGAAGGGGCAAUGUCAUUUAUAAGAGAACUAAAGUUGGAGGCUACAGAUCUGGAUGAGGGUAUCAACAGCCAUGUCCUGUACUCUGUAUACCACAUAGAACCACCUGUCCUUAACAUCUUUACAAUACACAACACUACAGGUGUGGUCAAUCUGACCAGGGUACUGGACUAUGAACUGGUCAGUCGUGAUCAGGUUCUGCUUGAGGUCCAGGCUUGUGACCAAGGAUCACCUCGUCUAUGUUCCAACAUUAAUGUUACGAUUGAUCUAGAGGAUGAAAAUGACAAUGCACCUAUAUUUAAUCAAUCCAUAUAUCAUGUUGAUAUUUAUGAAAAUGCAACAAUAGGAUCUCAGGUGAUGAAAGUACAUGCAUAUGAUUUGGAUGGAACAGCCCCAAAUAAUGAGUUUGUUUUCCGCAUUGAAAGCACAGCACAGGACAAAUUCAUAGUAAACUUCCGAACAGGAGAAGUCACUGUGGAAUCGGAACUAGAUCACGAAGUAAGGUCUUCAUAUACCCUGAAUAUUUCUGCAACAGAUAGAGGUUCAGUGUCAUUAGAGGGAUUUUGUCUGGUGCAGAUUAAUGUACUGGACGUAAAUGAUGAAGUACCGUUCUUUGUGCCAAGCUCAUACUCUAAAUCUGUCCAAGAAAACAUGGUUUUAGGUUCCUCCAUUGUAACAAUAACAGCUGUAGAUACAGACAGCAACCCAAGACUCAGAUAUCAAAUUCUGAAGGACUCUAUAUUAGCUGUUGAUGAAGAGGGCAGGGAUGUCAAUGUUACAGCAAAUCAUAUACAAGAUUAUUUUGAUAUACAAACCACCAAUGGAACAGUGUAUGUUAAAUCAGCAAUAGACAGAGAAACAGCAGAAAGAGUAGAACUGAAAAUCCUUGUUCAAGAUCUCAAUGGAUGGCAGCCAUCAGCAGAUCUACAAACAGCUACUGCCACAUUGACAGUGACCUUAAUAGAUGUCAAUGACAACGCCCCUCAAUUCCUGGGAGGCCCUCAGUACCAAGUGAAUGUCUCUGAGGGGAGGGAGGUGAAUGACUUAGUUAUAAGUGUAUCAGCUGUAGACCGGGAUAAGAAACAAACCAUAACCUACAGUAUAGGGCAGGACUCCAUCAAUUCCUUCCAGAUCCCUGAUUCCAGUGUUGGUACUGUGACAUUAAAACAACAGCUGGAUUAUGAAAGCAAUCAUGUCGUGAGCUUCACCGUGAUAGCCACAGAUUCUGGUUACCCUGCCUCACGAUUAACAUCAAUCGCCACUGUCUUAGUCUCACUGACUGACAUCAAUGAUAACACGCCUAUUUUUCAACCAUAUUCUACCCAGUACUCUGUAGAAGAAAACAAGCCCAAUGGAACCUUUGUAGGGACUAUUAAUGCAACAGAUAGAGAUAGUGGGAGAUUUGGAGAGAUUUUCUAUUCUAUGCAAGUUACAAAUGAUGAUCAUAGUCUUACUAUUGACUCCAAUACUGGAACUAUCACUGUCUUGAAGCCCUUGGACAGAGAAGUUAGAGAUGAAUAUAUUUUGUAUGUCACUGCAACAGACAAUAUCAAUGGCAACUCAAACCAGCAACGCUCAGAAAGAACACAGGCCAUAUUUAUCAAAGUAACGGAUGUGAACGACAAUAAUCCAGUCAUAACUAAUGUUGGGAAUAUUCCAAAAACAGUUGUUGAGAAUUCUCAAAAUAACACCAUUGUAGAAGUUAUAUCUGCCAGUGAUGCUGACAUAGGAGUAAAUGCUGAGUUGGAGUUCUCCCUGGUUUCUGGUCAUACUAAUGCCAGUGACAGCUGGUUUUAUAUUACUACAAGGUACAACAAUGAUAUUAAGAAUAAUGAAGGAGUCAUUCGUACUAGACAGUCCUUGCUAGGCCAUGUUGGGAUGUACUAUCUUACUGUGAAAGUUCAGGACAAAGGCUCACCCUCUCGUCUGGCCUCCAACCAAACUUUUUUGAUAGAAAUAAUUGAAUCCAAUGAAAAUUUAAAUCAGCCACAAUUUGUUGUUCCUAAGGGACCCAUUGCCACACUACAAAUUAAGGAGCAACAACCAGUGGGUACCACAGUGAUACAGGUCAGUGCCACAGAUGCAGAUCAUGGUAAAAAUGCUGAGGUCCACUACUACCUGGCUCCAGAAAAAGACUACAGGAAGUUCCAGAUCCACAAAGACACUGGACUAUUGACCACCAAGGAAAUACUAGACAGGGAGCAGCAAGCAGUUUAUGAGAUCAAAGUGAUUGCCAAUGAUAGUGGUAUCAUCAAUGUCCUGGAAAACUCCAUCGCAAUUUUUGUACAACUGCUGGACAUUGAUGACCAGGAACCAGAGUUUCCACGAAGGCCAGACAUGGAGCCAUACAUCCUGGGACCAGUCCCAGAGGAACAUUCAAUGGAAUACUGUGGUUCAGUGGAUGUAGCAGUGGAUAGAGAUAGCCAUGUCAACAAUAGUCUUAUCUUCUAUUACAUCAUAGGUGGAGAUAUGAUAGACCAUUUUUACCUUAAUCAGACAGGAGAGUUGUACUUAAUGAAAGCUGUAGAUAGAGAUGGAGAUGUAACAGGCACACCCAUCAACUUCAUCAACCUGGUGAUUUGGGCCACUCCACUGGGAUACCUUAACAUAGACAAAUACUCAACACCACCUGGGACCAACAGAUUAUUGGCACCAAAAAUAGAAAUGAGACCACCAGAUGAUUAUGAUACAAGCAACACAACUCUAUUAUGGGUUCAAAUAACCAUUAAUGAUAUUAAUGACCACCCACCCAAAUUCAGGACCCAGAACUUAAGUGUAGGAAUCACUAGAAAAACUCAGUUCCAGGAAACCAUAUUUACACUCAGUGAUGAAGUGACAGAUUUGGACUUGGGGAACAAUUCUGCCCAUACCUUUCAUCUGAUGUCCUUGACUAUUAUCCCCGAGGCUCUAAAGAAUGCUCUACCCAAUGCCCCGGUUAGUCUGUCUAGUGAUGGGGUAGUCAGGACCAACACAAUAUUCCAGUCUGACAUGUCAGGUUACAUUCUGAUGGAUGUCAGUGCCAUGGAUCAGGAUGGCAAAAUGGCUAAUGCUUCACUAAGGAUAUCUCUUAUCAAUGAUGAUCAAAGAGUGAAAGUCAUAUUUAGGAUGAUGCCUAAUCAAGUGAGAAACUUCUCAGAGGCUUUCAGAAGUAAACUGGAGAAAAUCACAGGAUACCAUAUUGUAGUGGACAAGAUACAGACCCAUGAGAAUGCUCAGGGAAAGCCCGAGACUGAUAAAACUGAUAUGUUCAUACAUGGAGAAAUCCUAAAGCCAUUCAGUAUUGUUUCUGCUGCCGAUCUAUUGAGUAAAAUUGAUGGAGAAGCCUCAGCACUGGUGCCUGUUUUGAAUGAAUACAAUAUUCUACAAAUUGUGUCUGCCAUUCAACAAGAAGAGGAAAAAGAUUCCAACAGAUUGUUGGUCAUGGGGCUGAUUCUACUAGGCAUCAUUUUAGGAAUUCCCUGUAUUGUCAUGGCGAUAGUUAUAUUCCUAAUUACUAAAUCGUAUCAGAGGAAACUGAAAGCAGCCACAGCCAUGGUAUACGGUCAAGAUAAUGAUAUGCAAAAGAAUCAACUUCCUGGUACAAACCUACAUGCCUAUGAGAAUGCCAAUCCUAUUUUCUUGGAGAAAGUAUUAUCACAAGAAUCCCAAGACUUUGAAGACAAUGAUUCAGUUGAUGACAAUGCUGUAGAUGCCGCUGUCCCACAGACUGUGGAUACACAAGAAGUGUCCAUGACAUUUACAUCAGACAGCAGUAAAGUUCCUCCUAGCUACUCAGAAGUAAAAACUAUUGGGGCUGUGAUUGGCACACAGGAAAAUAGCUUUGGUCACAAGAAUCCACUUUUCUCAACAUUCAAUGGAGAUACUCCAAGAACUCAUCUCAUUAAUGGUCUCCAAGCUUCCGACAUUUAACGAGGCUUAAAGAGAUCUGGGUGAUUGCAGAAUGUUCACCUAUUCAUUGUGAUAUUAUAACUUAUUUAAAGCAUGGUGUGAUAUGACAAGGAAUUUCUUGUCACAAGUGUUUCAAGUAUUGUCAGAGUGAGAAAUGAUGCAGGUUAUGUUUCUGUGACUUUUUUUUUGUUUUAUAAGUGAAUGUUUGUACACAGUUCUACAAGUGCUCUUGCAGCAACAUGAAACUAGAAUUACCUCAUUUUUUUCACGAUUGUUGUUCAUGCAGAGUACAUUUGACAUUUUGUUAAUCUAAAUGGAGAAUGUGAGAAUCAUUAAAAUGUGCAUAUAGCCAUAUAAAUAUUUUGAUUAAAAUACUAUUGGUUUUCUACAUAUUCUAAUCCUUGCAUUUAUAUUACCCUGAUGCCAUAUACAUGUUGAUGUUUAGGAACUUCGUUUUUUCUGAGAUUGUAUGAAUUAAUUAACUAUUCCUACCUGUACAGAAGAAGCUUUACGAAUUCCACACACAGUAUUUUUCUACCCGUACAUGCUCUUUUUUAUCACUUGAUGUUAUAUAGACAUAAUUUAUUAUGUAUUAUUCACAGCCUGCAGAUACCAAAUGUAUUUGUGUGAAAUUAUUGUGCAUGCAAAUUCCAAGGACCAUAUAAUUUUUAUUUCCAGUUAUUUUUAGGAGAGGUGGAAAUACAUGAACAGUAUACCCAGUAUAUAUUCACAGUAAUUAUUUUGGGCAGAAGUGUGGUUUAAUGGACACUUGUCAAUUAACCUCUCAGAAAAUGUAUGAAAUUAUAAAAUGACUGUCAAAUGCAAGUUGGUGCAAAAACUAAUGGCUUUGUAUGGUAGUUGAAUUCCAUUGACAAUCACUUUGAAAGUACUCACUACUCACAAAAUGCAUUCAUAAUUCAUGUGCAUUUUUUAUAUUUUAGCUUUAGAGAUUCAAUAUUUUGAUAUUAAAAAUUUUUCACUGACAUUGAACAGUUUUAGGGAUCAAUUUUAAGGUUGUGACAGCUGAUAAUAUUUGUAGAAUUGAAAGUACCAAAGUAAUAGAAAGCUAGUUGAUGAUAUAUAUUUUUUAGAAUGUAUAGAGAUAAGAAAUUGUUGUCUGUGUGAAAAGAUACUGUAUAUGUUGUCUAUUUCUGAAGUGUUUAGCCAAGUUUUAGAGCUAUAAAGUCCUAUAACUCUUGCCAAAGAAUUAAGUCCCAGCUUACAAAGUGCAAUUAGUGAGUUGGAUAUGUGUAAUUUCCAUGCCUUUUUCCCCAGAGCAAAAGAAGCAAACAUAAAGCUUGCCAUAUAUAUUUAUAUAAUUUUAAGGUUGCAUGCUGUGUAAUUUUUUUUUUUAAAUUUUGCAUAUGUGAA